AUGGACGCAAACAGCAUCGGUCCAGCUUUGUUGGAGAUGCUGAAACUUGAUCUGCAGGGCGUUUCUGUUGACCAUACUAGAGCUGACAGUGUGGCUUGGAUUCCUGACAAGGAAGGUAAUUUCUCUGUUAAAAGCUGUUACGGAACCCUUUGUAGAAAUCAUAUUUCAUUUGGCCCGAAGGGAGAGUUUGAUAAGGCUUUAAUUCUUGUUUGGAAGGUGGAGGCCCCGAUGAAAUCAAAAGCAUUCGGAUGGCGUUGUUUUAUUAAUAAGAUUCCGACAAGAGGAGCUCUUUACCGGAAAGGUAUUAUCCUUUUUCCCAAUUCUGUUUGUGCUUUUUGCCGCUGCUCCGAAGAAGACUCGGCCAACUUAUUGUUGACGUGUUUCUGUGUCGAUUUGGUGUGGAGGGAAAUUGUCGAGUGGAUAGGUUUCGUUAAUUAUAAAGCGGUGGAAAUCAAGGAUAGUUUUUUGUGGUGGUACAAAUUCGGAAGGAAGGCUAGAGUUAGAAAGGGAAAGGAGGGAGUGGUGUGGUUGGCGGUGUUUGGCAUAUUUGGUUAG